AGGCCUGUAGCAGGAUCUGUGAACAUUUGCCCACAAUCUUUUACUAAAAUGAAGGCCAAUGAAUUGGACCAGUGGGAAGCUACAAUCAAACACGAACUCAUACAUGCUUUUGUAUUCUCCAACUCCCUUUAUCAACGAUUUCGCGUCCCAUUUAGAGGAGCAAAAAAUGCGGCACAUAAAUCAUUUGUAGUUGAAGAAGUAGAGCGCUUGGAUUGGGAGAGCGCAAAAGGCAAAGGUUCACACAAAGUUCUUAUGAUUGUCACACCUAAUGUAAAAAGAGAAGCUCAAAACUAUUUCAAUUGUUCGAGUUUGGAAGGAGCUGAAGUAGAAAGCCAAGGUUCCAGUGGGACAGCAGGUUCUCAUUGGGAGAAAAGAGUUUUAGAGAAUGAAGCAAUGACGGGUGUAACAACACAAGUUUUCGCGAUCAGUCGUAUCACUUUGGCACUUUUCGAAGAUUCAGGAUGGUAUAAAGUAAAUUACGAUUUUGGAAAAGCCGAAAACAUGACUUUCGGAAAGGGAUUGGGAUGCAGCUUUGCAAAACAAAGCUGCAUGACUUGGAUCAAAACACAUUCCAAAGAUCCAUAUCCAUUUUGCAGAGUAUACGGAGACAUGAGAUGUACUGAUACUCGAAAAGCAAAAGUGCGUUGUAACUUGGACACUAAGAAGAAAAACGUAGAAAGCAAAUUCAAUUACAAUGCAAACAACUUAUACGUAGAUGCGAAAGGAAAUCCAGUGCACGGAUAUGGAUCUAUAGAACUGGCAGAUUUUUGCCCAUUUUUCAAGGUGUACAAUGACAUUUCAAAAGAAGACUCUGAUACACGAUGCACCCUUCCGCUCAACAUGAACUACAUCAACUACUCUCUCGAGGUGUUUUCGCCAACGGCUCGUUGUAUCGAGUUAGAUGGCGGUAUCAACGUUAGAAAUACAUAU